ACAUUUACCGACUUUACUGAUCUUAUUAACGGACCCGGUAGCCGUAACGUCUGAAACGAGCCGCCUGUUAGCGGGCUAACCCGGGCAGCUAACGAACGUCAAAAGCCUGACUCGUUUAACGGUAACCCCCGUGCGCCCAUUAUCGGACACGCCUCUCGUUCGCUUCCUUCGGUUUUCUGUUCUUCAUAUUUUACUCCCGGAACAACCGGAUUGAGUCCGAGGCACGCGCCGUGUUUUUAUCCUGGUUCACCGCGUGUUUGAGUGUCAGUCACGUUAGCUAAACCUGCGUUUAGCAAGUUAAAAUAAACGGCUUCUGUGUUCGUUGUGAUUUCAAACUGUGGAAGCGUGGGUCGAGAACAGGUUGCUCCUGGUGUUCAGUUAAAACGGAUCUGAGCUACCGGAACACUCACUAAACCGGACGACAACCAACAGAACCUGCUCAGGUCUGCGUCCGGUAAUGGAACCAGAGGGCUUUGUGAGUCCGGGCUUUGGCUGCGUUGUAGCGGCAGCGACCGUCGGCUGACACACGACAAGCCGAGGCAGAGCACCUCGACACACGGGCAGUUCUCACUUCACAACACUCUGGUUUCUGGAUCAUACAAAGUCACGAACGGCUUUUAAGAAGCAGAAGAAGUAAAGGCAGUAUAACCGUGUCCGAUAAUGGAACCCGGCUGGGUGAGGGGGGGUUGAGGUUUAAAUGUCCAGCAGCUGCUCGGGCCUGUUUGUUGCAGUGCAGCUCUCAGCAUCAGAGGAUUCCUGCAGACUGUGUGCGGCUCACUGGAGUGGAGGGCAGACAGGCGGCAUGACAGAGGAGAAAUGUCCCCAGCUGGUGGACUACUUUGUAGUGGCAGGUCUCGACCCUGCGGGGCCCUGGAGGUCCUUGGACGAGGAUGGCAAGACCUCCGUCAACUCCUCAUCGACUUCGUCGUCUUUGUCGGGACGAGCGGUGGAGUCGGUGACGGACCUGGCGGUGAUCGCCCGGGGGCUCGGGGAGGAAGUGCCGGAGGGCUUCACCUGCAUUGAGAGGACGCUGGGCGGACACUCGGCCGAGCUGAGCGCCGGCCUCAUCAACAACCCACACCUGUACCUGUGCUACCGCCGAGGACAGGACAAACCACCCAUACUGGACCUGGGGGUUCUGUAUGAGGGGAAGGAGCCGCUGAAGCAGGGCUGGUACGUCAUUGAGACCACGCCCUACAGCCGCUCGGCCAGCCUGAGCUCCGGCGGCGCCCCGACGGCUCACCGGGUGUUUCUGACGUACCGGCGGGCUCUGGACUCGCAGGGCCUCCACACGCUGGGCGUCACCGACAUCGCCCUGCUGCUGCCCAGCAAAGGAGAGGUCGCGCCGCACACCUUCUGCCGCGUCGACAAGAACCUCAACACUGGCAUGUGGGGUCCGGGUCUGUACGUCUGCUACAAGAGAGCUGUGGCCAAAGCCAACGCCCUGGUCUACAAGGCCUGUCUGCUCAGCCGGUACCCGGAGGAGGACCUGGAGUCGUUUCCUCUGCCGGACUCGGUGCCAGUUUUCUGUCUGCCGAUGGGCGUCACCGUGGAGAGCUGGCCUCUAAACACCAAGUACCAGCUGCCCGUCUUCUCCACCUUCGUCCUCACCUCCGCCUCCGGGGACAAGGUUUACGGAGCGGCCAUCCAGUUCUACGAGUCGUUCUCCCGGGAGCUGCUGUCGGAGCGGCAGAGCGUGAGGCUCGGCCUGCUGAGCGUGGUCGACCGGCGGCCCAUCACCAACCGCAGCCUGCAGGUGAAGAAGAGCAUCUGCGUCCUCUCCCACUGGCCCUUCUUCACCGUCUUCCAGAAGUUCCUCACCUUCAUCUACAGAUACUCCAUCUCCGGACCACACGUCCUGCCGCUCGAAAAACACAUCUCCAGCUUCAUGCACAACGUCCCGUUUCCCUCCCCCCAGCGGCCUCGCAUCCUCGUUCAGCUGUCCCCGUAUGACAACCUGCUGCUGUGCCAGCCCGUCUCGUCUCCACUGCCUCUCAGUGGUGCGAGCUUCCUGAAGCUGCUGCAGAACCUCGGUCCAGAAAAUGCCUGCACAUUGCUGCUCGCUGUCCUCACUGAACACAAACUGCUGCUCCACUCUCUCCGGCCAGACGUCCUCACCUCUGUCAGCGAAGCCCUCGUCUCCAUGAGCUUCCCCCUGCGCUGGAUCUGUCCCUACAUCCCUCUGUGUCCACUGCAGAUGGCCGACGUGCUGUUGGCUCCGAUGCCCUUCAUCGUGGGCGUCCACUCCAGCUAUUUCGACCUGUACGACCCCCCCGCCGACGUGGUCUGUGUCGACCUGGACACCAACACCAUCUUCCAGUCGGAGGACAAGAAGCCGUUGUCAUGGCGAUCAUUACCCAGGAAGCAAGGCAAGACUCUGUUCAACACCCUCAGCAGCCUCCACAAGACGCUGGAGAAGAUUUGCACUCCCGGUCAGGAGGAGGCGACGCUGGAGUUCCUGUUGACCGACUACGAUCAGAUCUACAGGAGUCAGAAGCAGCUGGAGCUGGAGAUCCAGGAGGCGUUCCUUCGCUUUAUGAGCAGCCUGCUGCGAGGGUACCGAAGCUUCCUGCUGCCCAUCACCCAGGCGCCGUCGGACACCACCACCGACUGCAGCUCCCUGUUCAACCUGCAGGGUUUCCUGAAGUCUCGGGAUCGAACACAGCAGAAGUUCUACAGUCAGCUGACGAGGACUCAGAUGUUCACUCAGUUCAUCGAGGAGUGUUCCUUCGUCAGUGACCGACACGCCUGCCUCGAGUUCUUUGACGAGUGCGUCCAAAAGGUGGACGUGGAGAAGCCGGAGGAGGUGAGGCUGAUCGAUCUCGAUGAGACUCACAGCGGAGAACACACGGUCUUCAUCAUGCCUCCUGAAGAACCACAGGAGGCCGACGGGUCAGAGUGUCCCGCCCUCUACAGCUAUGAAACCUUCCCCACACUGAGGCCUGAGCUCUUUGACCGGCCCCAGGACCAGCUCCGGGUUCCUGCUAAAGGCAGCGCCCCCAGUAGCCCCGCCCCCCGACGCACAAAACAGGAGAUCAAGUUGGCCCAGAAGCGAGCUCAGAAGUACUCGACGGUACCAGACAUGUGGUGCAAGUGCCUUCUGGGUCACUGUUACGGCCUCUGGUUCAUCUACCUGCCCACCUUCGUGCGGGCGGAGAGCGCGAAGGUGCGCGCGCUGCACACGGCCUACGACGUCCUCAAACACAUGGAGAACCGCAAGGUUGUGUUGCCGGACGAGGUGUGUUACAGGAUCCUGAUGCAGCUGUGUGGUCAGUACGGUCAGCCAGUCCUCGCCGUUCGAGUCCUGCUGGAGAUGAAGAAGGCUGGAAUCACACCUAACACCAUCACCUACGGAUACUACAACAAGGCAGUGCUGGAGAGCAAGUGGCCGUCCACCAGUCAGGGCGGACGUCUCCGCUGGGCCAAGCUGAGGAACGUCCUGUUGGCUGUGGCCCAAUUCAGACAGCCAAUCAAGCGGCGUCAGAAGAGCGGCUCAGUGGGCUCACGAGGAGAAGCGAUGAUGGACCCCGACCAGAGGCCCCGCCCCCACUCUUCUCUGAUUCGUCAGUCCAGCUGGAGUGGCCUGUCAGAGAGCUCCAGCCACGAGUCUCUGACGGGUUUGCUGGUGAAGAGCAACAGUCUGAACAGCAUGAAGACCCCGACUGACAAGGUGAAACUCAGCAAGAAGACCAUCCUCUGUAACACAGGGGCCAACGGCUCCCGAGACGCCGUCUCUGGAAAACCUCCCAUAGGGCGCAGAGACACCUCCACCCCGCCUCCAGCGCCCCCCGCUGGUGUUCUGGUUCAGCGGAGUCAGGUCUGCCUCUCCACCUUCUACAAAGAGUGUGCAGAGUCGGCCGACUCGGAGCUGGACUGCAGCUGCCAGCCAGCAGAGAGAGACGGCAGACCUGCAGGAACGCGCGACUCGGCCAGCAGGAGCAAAGUCGUGGACGAGAAUUACAACAACGUCUCCUCCCCGAGCCGAGGAGGUCUGGCAGGGAAACUCCAGCAGCUUCUCACUCCCACCAGACACCGAGUGUCAGUUCGCCGAGCCGCCAGCGUGGACGACCGGCGACCAGGAGGAGGAGGAGGAGGGAUAGGACGAAGGGUGUCUGAACAGAGGCAGUCCAGGAAAGCCCAAGUGGCGGAAACACUGCUGAAGGCCAAGGAGAGGCUGGUCAACGCUACCUCAGAGAGUUCGCUGUCUGUAGGAAGUGACUUCGACUUGACGGACUCGCCAAGUCCAGCCUAUCCUGUGCGCCGGUCUUGGGAUGCCAGUCAAGAGGGGGUGGGUCUGGAGGUGUUGAUGUCCAGCUGCUCUCUGUGUCGCAGCUGUAACUCGCUGGUCUAUGACGAAGAGAUCAUGGCUGGCUGGACGUCAGACGACUCCAACCUGAACUCGUCGUGCCCGUUCUGCUGCACCUCCUUCGUCCCCUUCCUGAACGCCGAGAUCUGUGACCUGGGACCGGUCAGCAGUGCGGAGCGCAGCAACUGGAACGUGGAGGACGAGGUGGAGAGCGCAGUCAGGCCCCCCAGUGGUCAGGAGGCCUCGGCGCGACACCAGUGCAACGGUCUGAGCGAGGACUCCAGCUCCGAGACCAGCAGCUACUCGGAGACCAGCAGAACAACCACAGCCUCCUCAGUAGGCGGGGCUCCCCAGGUGACGGUGGCCUACCUGAGCCCUCUGGUUCUGAGGAAAGAGCUGGAGAGUCUCCUGGAGAACGAGGGCGAGGCGGUCCUGGCCCAGCCUCAGUUCCUGGAGAACCACUGCAUCAUCUUCUGGAACCUGGUCUGGUACUUCCAACGCCUUGGCCUGCCCAGUAACCUGCUGCAGCUGGUCCGAGCCUCGCCGCUGGUCAGCCAGUUCCCUCAGCCGGAGAGCUCAGCGGUGAGGGUGAGGCUCCUGUGGGACACCCUGACCCCCGACUUGGACCAGUGGCCCCCCCUCUACAUCCUCUGGAGGAUCCACAGUGGCGUCCCCAUGAGAAGCUACAGCUGGCGGAGACACAACCACCCCUUCACUCUGUCCUUCCUGGAGGAGGUGCUGCGGUGGGUCGGCAUGAACGAGGUGCACAAAGCCAUCACCCUCUUCCUGGAGACGCUGUCCAAACAGCCGGGCUCCCCCCGGACUCAGAGGAGUCUGUACCGAGAGUUCCUCUUCCUCACGCUGGCAGCGAUGGGCAAAGACCACGUCGCUGCGUUCGACAAAAAGUACAAGGCGGCGUACAAUCGGCUCAGCAGCGCUCUGGGUCGAGAGGAGCUGUGUAAGAAGCGAGCUCAGCCUCCAAGCCUCAAAGCCAUCGACUGCAGACGCAGCUUCCACCCGCCGCUCGAAUGCUGACCGUCCAGGAACCCAACGUCGCCCUGAGAGUAAGAGGAGGGUCCCUGCUGCCUUCACCUGCUUGUAUUCCUCGCCUCUCUGCUGCCCCCUGGUGGAUGGCGGAGUGCCACGCUCCUUCCUGUCCUCUGUAGCUCAGUUUGCCUCGUCGGUGUGAGUCCAGCAGCUCUUUGUCUACGCUAAAGGUCCUGAGAGCUGAGGCGGCGGAUGCAGCGGAGCUGGAAGAAGGUCAACGUGCUGACCUGGGAUCAGAAGAAAAGUUGUUGAAGCUCGGGUUUGUGCAUGACCAGAAGGAUCUGAUGUGUCCGUGUGAACUUUCUGUUUUUCCCUGCUUUUUAAAAAUGAUUAAAAGCAGACCUCAGAUUCGCGGAGGAGCUUGGCGUCACUGCUUCUUGGAGGGCUGGCAGAGUGAAAGUUUUAAGCUCAGAGCUGCCAGAUGUCAGAUUUACCUUUUUUUUAACCGGUGUGACCAAGCAAGAUAUUUAGGAUUUUAUUUGGAAAAGGAUUAGAGAGGCGGAGCAUCUGUGAAACGAGACCUCCCUCCAGCAGUUCGUGUGUUCAGACACCAACGUUCAUUAUCAAGCAAUCAACAAAAUAACCAACUUCAGCAAACUUCUCAUUGUGUCUGUUUGUCUGGAAUCUUCUCGAAGGCUGACGUUCCCACAGCUCGGCGUGAAGUGUUGGAUCUCUAAAGUCAGAAUCCAUCAGAAGCUCGAGGACUCUGCAGGAAACAAGAAGCAGAAACUCCCUUAACGUUUCUGCUCGUCUGGUUGCAUUCAGGAGGGCAGCGUUUUAACUUGAAGCCACAACACUGAAGGUGUUGAACUCUGGGAGAUCGCAGGGACCUGCUAACGUUUUGGAGCUAAUGAGGAGCCCUUAAAAUGAAGCAGCGUCUUCUGGUGACCUCCCUUCAGUUCUGUGAGAUGGUCCACCAAACAGGGUCUCCCCAUUUUAACCUUCUUUGAUUUCAUUCUCUUAAACUUCUUAGUUGGGUUCCUAACUUCUCUGUCGACUCCCACACUCUGUGGAAGGUCCAGACGUCCAGGAAACGAGACCGUAAACGAUUUAUCUACUCAGACAGUCGCUGGACUUUUCCAGCAAGAUUAAGACAGUUUGGUGACUGAUUUGGACUAGCGAGCUCUACCUUAAAGGAACAAUCUGUAAAACGUUGCCAGAAUUUUCGGUUGAAACAAAAAAUGAACUAACAUCAUCAUCAGAUUGUGAAGGAACAUCAGUGUUGACGUGACAUCAGAGACGCUGCAGUGCAGUCAGCUGCAGCUAACUGAGCUAACAGCAGCUGCAGCCAAGCAUGACUGCAGCCAACUGCGCAGUGAGCAGCAGUCGACAGUUUCCGUAUGGUUGUCACAGUGUCUCUGUUUGGAUCUGGAUCUUCGUCAGGACCUGGUGGACUAACAGCAGCAUGAAGGUACUGAAGUGUUGUUUGACGUCAGCUUUCUGGGAAGCGAUUCUAGCUUUGCCCUCCGUUUCACACCUGGUAGAGUAGGUUUGAAGUGCUGGCUUCUUCUGAACAGGAGGAAGCUGAUGAGACGAUGUGACCGAUUUCACAGGCAAAGGAAUGAAAGCAGUCGAGCACGAAGGCUUUCAGCAGACUGGUGUGAUAACUCAUCAGGGCUUGUUCAAGGAGUUCUUCAUGACUCGGUCUGUGUCGUCAUGGGACUUUGCCAUCAACAUUACACAGCAGUUAUGAGGCUAAGCUGCUGAACGGUGACAAACAUCACGGCUUCUUCUUCUGUGCGGUUUGAAAGCGGUUGGAGAAAAGACGAGAAGAAACCGAAGGGACAUUAAUGGACAUCAGUGUGAGUGUGGACGCUUCAGAAACCACAUGCUGUUCUCAGCUGAAGUGUCUGGUUUGGGCCCAGAGUUCAGUUCACACUGACUUGAACCCACACAGGAUCACAGAAUCAUCACAGGCAAGAAUUUGAUGGAGUUCAGGUGUUGAACACACCUGAAUGACACCUGAGGUCACGUGACCUCAUCCACACUGUGAUACUUUAUAUUCAACUGAUCGUCUGACUGUGUUUUAGGGCUGAUGCCAGUUAUUAGCAAUCAGUGAGACUCGGAGAAAAUUUAACCACUAAGCAGUGCUGCAGUGUAACCAGCUACAAUCUACUCAAGUACGAAUUUGAGGUAAAACUGAACAAAAGUAAACAAAGUAACUGAUGGUGAUGAUCAGAUAAUCAGUCAGUCUUUGAUUUGGUUUUAUUUGGCUUCUUGUUGAAUACAAACUGUGUUGAUAUGCUUUGGAUUUGGUGGUACUUCAGAUCCUGUGAUGUACUUCAAACGUGUACCUUCACUCCACAGAGCGAAGUACGAGCAUCACCAAAAAUGUGUUGUUAUCUUUCACUUCCUCUGUGGUGUUUGUGGUCCCAAACCAGACGCUCAGCAGAGAGCGACUCUGUGGAGCAUGCUCAGUUUGUGUUCAGUCCCACCUGCACCUUCCUGUCUGUCUGUCUGUCUCUCCGACUGGGAGACAGACGGUACGUCAGCUGACCAGUUCAGCCUGCUGUUGUGUUGCUCCAGCGCAUCUCGGCAGCAGCUCAGCAUCACCUUUCAAAAUAAAGCACUUCAUACUAAAAACAAAUAAUACAAGAACAUAACAUCCAGAAUAAUUCAAACACCUGGAGCUGGUCACAAUGUAAAGGAGCAGUCCAGCAUUUUCAGACCUCUCGUUUGUCAUGUCAGGUUUAAUCAGGAAAGUCUAUGCCUCAUUUUAACUUUAUUUAAACCCACCUCAGUGGUUGGAUGUAAUGUGUUAGAGGGGCUAAACCAAACAGAGAGACAACUUCCUGCUCUGCUGCAGCCAGGUGCCCUGCAGCAAAAACAAAACCGGAUGUGUACCUGUGCGAAGUGUCCGCUCAAACUUUACUGUUGAAAAAGAGUUUUUCUUUAAAUGUGACAGUUUAGUUUUUGUCUGCUGAGGAGUGAGUGGAAUAAAACUGCUUUCCUCUCAGUGUCACAGAGAAAAACGUCCCCCUGUAUGUUUAAAUGCUCCGGACUGCAAGUCAUUCAGAGUUAAACUUAGCGGACUUGACUUUGUGAUGCGGGUCGUUUUAUUGGUUGGAUAAUUACAAGGGAGAAGAGUGUAUUUAAAACAGAUUAUUGUGUUUGCUGUUGUAAUUUAUAUCUGGCUGUGAUUUCAGUUGUAAAUGUUUGUUUUUUUUAAGAAAACACGAAAAUAAAAGACGAGGAUGAACCCGAAA